UAACAAUGCUUUAUAUGAUGAUAACCAAAUUGAAUACGAAACUAAUGUUAUGAUGAAUUCUGAAAGUACCUACUAUGAAGACGCCCAAACAAAUAUGGCAUCUUGGGACUGGAAUCUUAUAGCUAAUAGAAUCGAUGAACUAUGUAAAAAUUACCAAAAUGAUAAUGAGUUUGAUAUACUAUACAAUAAUAAUCAUGUUAAAUUUAAUGUUAGUAGUAAUGUAUUAUGUAAUAUAACUCAAAAUAAAUAUGAAUGCAAUAAUGUAGAGGAUGUUGAAAACAAUCGAUAUAGUGAAUUGCGAGAAGAAGUUAAAAGGUAUGAAAAAGAGCAGGGAUUUAGAAUGUGCUGUUAUCAUGUGGAAAAGUCUAAGAAUGGUGAUAUUCAAAGAUGUAUGUUAGUUUGUGAACACUUUGGCCAACCUGAAAUAAUGAAAAGCAAGGAUCCAAAAAAAAAAACUACAUCUAAGUGUAUUGGAUGUACUUGGCAAAUAAAUUUGUCAUGCCUAGAGAAAGAGAAUCCCCACAAGAUCAUAUAUAUUACCAAAUUAGUUGAUGAGCAUAAAAAUCAUGACCUUGAUCUAUCACGUUACAAUUUUCAGGAAAAUAUAGAGUUUACCACAGAGAUGAUUCAGGAUCAAGUUCGCAAAGCUUUGGAAGAAAAAUAUUUCAUCAAGAUCUAUAUGCCAGUACUACACCGAAAGGAGGCUGAUCCCCAGUGGUAUGUUCAGGUUGAUUGGGAUUCAAACAGCAAAGCUACUAAUCAUUAUGAAAUGGCAUUGUCACUUUUUUUGGUGGUUGACAACCAUUUGUCUUCCCGGUUAGUGGCACAGGCAUUGACAGACGAUGAAACCAAAGAGAUGCAUAGUUGGAUAUUACAACAAAUUAAGAAAGCAACACAUGAUGCUAUUCCACAGGUUAUUUUUACUGAUGCCGAUCCUGCUCUAGUUGCUGCUAUACGAGAUGAAUUUCCUACUACAAAUGCACUUCAUUGUAUGUUUCACAUUACACAGAAUAUCGCUUUCAAUCUCAAAAAUCAUCUAAAAGACCAAUAUGAUGAGUUUGUCAAAAAUUUCUUUAAAGUGCAGCAAAUCGGAUUUGUUCCAAUUUUCGAAUAUCGAUGGAAAUUACUGCUUGAAAAGUAUAAUAAUGUGAAUCUUGUAGACAAGUUAAUGGCUUGUGUUCUUGAGGAAGAUAAAAAAACAGAUUAUGCUUUAUUUCAUGCAUCAAUUCCUAAAGCUGCCUUAGUUGCGACAGCCAGUACUAUUCUUUCAAAUGUUUGUGAAAUGUUGCGAAAGCAUUUAAUUGUGGAAAUAUUAAAGAUUCAGGAGAAUCAAAUAAAACAAUUGCUGCAAUAUCAUGCUGUAAUAGUAACACAAAGUGAAUUACAAAGAUAUCAUGCAAUCAAUUUUAACGAUCCUGCCAUAUUUGAAAACCAAAAUUAUACUGAUAUUAUUGCCAAAGCGAUGCUGAAUCUU